CGUGGGUGCAGAUGGGGUCAGCCGGGAGCGCUGGCUGCGGGCGGUGAGCUGGGCUCGUCUUCUGACCGGAGCGGCCGGCCUUGGUGCGGGAGGGGCGGCCGGUUUGGAGCAGGGUCGGUCAUGGCCAGUGGCAGCUGCCAGGAGUGCGAGGAGGAGGAUGAGGAAACUCUGAAGAAGUUGAUAGUCAGGCUGAACAAUGUCCAGGAAGGAAAACAGAUAGAGACGCUGGUCCAAAUCCUGGAGGAUAUGCUCGUGUUCACGUACGCCGACCACGCCUCCAAGUUAUUUCAAGACAAAAAUGUCCACGUGCCUCUGUUGAUCGUCUUGGACUCAUACAUGAGAGUCGCUAGCGUGCAGCAGGUGGGUUGGUCACUUUUAUGCAAAUUAAUAGAAAUCUGUCCAAAUACAAUGCAAAGCUUAAUGGGUCCCCAGGAUAUUGGACAUGAUUGGGAAGUCCUAGGGGUUCACCAACUGAUUCUUAAAAUGCUAACAGUUCAUAAUGCCAGUGUCAACCUGUCAACAGUUGGAUUGAAGGCCUUAGAUCUUCUCCUAACUUCAGGUAAAAUCACUUUGCUGAUAUUGGAUGAAGAAAAUGAUAUUUUCUUGUUAAUUUUCGAUGCCAUGCGCACAUUUUCAGCCAAUGACGAAGUUCAGAAACUUGGAUGCAAAGCUUUACAUGUGCUGUUUGAGAGAGUUUCAGAGGAGCAACUGGCCGAAUUUGUUGAGAAUAAAGAUUAUAUGAUAUUGCUAAGUACAUUAAAAAAUUUUAAAGAUGAAGAGGAAAUUGUGUUUCAUGUACUGCACUGUUUACAUUCCCUAGCAAUUCCUUGCAGUAAUGUUGAAGUCCUCAUGAGUGGCAAUGUCAGGUGUUAUAAUAUUGUGGUAGAAGCCAUGAUAGCAUUCCCUAUCAGUGAAAAAAUUCAAGAAGUGAGUUGCUGCUUGCUCCAUAGGCUUACAUUAGGUAAUUUUUUUAAUAUCCUGGUAUUAAACGAGGUGCAUGAGUUUGUGGUGAAAGCUGUGCAGCAGUAUUCAGAGAAUGCAGCAUUACAGAUCGCAGCACUCAGCUGUUUAGCUCUCCUCACUGAGACCAUUUUCUUAAAUCAAGACUUAGAGGAAAAGAAUGAGAAUCAGGAGAAUGAUGAUGAAGAAGAAGAUAAAUUGUUUUGGCUGGAAGCCUGCUACAAAGCAUUAACGUGGCAUAGAAAGAACAAGCGUGUGCAGGAGGCUGCAUGUUGGGCCCUGAAUAAUCUCCUUAUGUACCAAAACAGUUUACAUGAGAAGAUUGGAGAUGAAGAUGGCCAGUUCCCAGCUCACAGGGAAGUGAUGCUCUCGAUGCUGAUGCAUUCUUCAUCAAAAGAAGUCUUCCAGGCAUCUGCAAAUGCAUUGUCGACUCUGUUAGAACAAAAUGUUAAUUUCAGAAAGAUCCUGUUAUCAAAAGGAAUAUAUCUGAAUGUAUUGGAGUUAAUGCAGAAGCAUAUACAUUCUCCUGAAGUGGCUGAAAGUGGCUGUAAAAUGCUAAAUCAUCUUUUUGAAGGAAGUAACACUUCCCUGGAUACAAUGGCAGCAGUGGCCCCCAAAAUACUAACAGUUAUGAGAAGUCAUGAGACGUCAGUGUCAGUGCAGCUGGAGGCACUUCGAGCUAUUUUACAUUUUAUAGUUCCAGGCAUCCCAGAAGAAUCCAGGGAAGAUACUGAAUAUCAGCAUAAGCUAAAUAUGGUUAAAAAACAGUGUUUCAGGAAUGAUAUUCACAAAUUGGUCCUAGCGGCUUUGAACAGGUUCAUUGGAAAUCCUGGGAUUCAGAAAUGUGGAUUAAAAGUAAUUUCUUCUAUAGCGCAUUUUCCUGAUGCAUUAGAGGUGUUAUCCCUGGAAGAUGCUAUUGAUUCGGUGCUUCACACACUGCAGAUGUAUCCAGAUGACCAAGAAAUUCAGUGUCUGGGUUUAAGUCUUAUAGGAUGUUUGAUUACAAAGAAGAAUUUAUGCACAGGCACUGGGCAUCUGCUGGCAAAAAUUCUGAUUUCCAGCCUACAACGAUUUAAGGAUAUUGGUGAAAUACAGAUGAAAGGAUUUCAGGCAAUCUUGACAGUACUGGAAUUGUCAGUGUCUUUUUCCAAGCUGCUGGUGCAUCAUUCCUUUGAUUCAGUAAUAUUCCAUCAGUUGUCCUCCAACAUCAUGGAGCAAAAGGAUCAACAGUUUCUAAAUCUUUGUUGCAAGUGCUUUGCAAAAUUGGCUAUGGAUGAUGAGUUAAAAAGUGUGAUGCUAGAGAGAGCAUGUGAUCAGAAUAACAGCAUCAUGGUUGAAUGCUUGCUUCUGUUGGGAGCGGAUGCCAAUCGAGCAAAAGAAGCAGCUUCUUUAAUUUGUCAGGUAUGUGAGAAAGCUAGCAGUCCCAAACUGGUAGAACUGUUACUGAAUAGUGGAUCCCGUGAGCAGGAUGUACGGAAAGCUCUAACAAUCAGCAUUGGGAAAGGCGACAGCCAAAUCAUCAGCUUACUCUUAAAGAGGCUUGCCCUGGAUCUGGCCAAUAAUAGCAUCUGCCUUGGAGGAUUUUGUAUGGGAAAAAUUGAACCUUCUUGGCUUGGUCCUCUAUUUCCAGAUAAGACAUCUAAUUUAAGAAAAGAGACAAAUAUAGGAUCCACCCUAGCGAGAAUGGUGCUCAGAUAUCAGAUGAAAAGUGCUGUGGAAGAAGGAACAGCCUCAGGCAGCAGUGGGAAUUUUUCUGAAGAAAUACUUGAUAAAUUUGAUGAAUGGACCUUCAUUCCCGAGUCUUAUGUUGACAAUGUGUUUGCUCAAAGUGAUGACCUGGAUAGUGAAGGAAGUGAAGGCUCAUUUCUUGUGAAAAAGAAAUCAAAUUCAAUUAGCGUAGGAGAAUUUUACCGAGAUCCUGCCUUGCAGCGUUGCUCACCAAAUUUGCAAAGACAUUCCAAUUCAUUGGGACCCAUUUUUGAUCAUGAAGAUUUACUGAAGAGAAAAAGAAAAAUAUUGACUUCAGAUGAUUCACUCAGAGCAUCAAAAUUCCAAUCACAUAUGAGGCAUUCAGAGAGCAUUUCUUCCCUGGCUUCUGAGAGAGAAUAUAUUACAUCUUUAGACCUUUCAGCAAAUGAACUAAGAGAUAUUGAUGCCCUGAGCCAGAAAUCCUGUAUAAGUGGUCAUUUGGAGCAUCUUGAAAAGCUGGAACUUCACCAGAAUGCACUCGUGAGCUUUCCACAACAACUAUGUGAAACUCUGAAGUGUUUGACACAUUUGGACUUGCAAAGUAAUAAAUUUACAUCAUUUCCCCCUUACUUGUUGAAAAUGAAUUGUAUUGCCAACCUUGACGUCUCUCGAAAUGACAUUGGACCCUCAGUCAUUUUGGAUCGGGCUGUGAGGUGCUCAACCUUGAAACAGUUUAACCUGUCCUACAAUCAGCUAUCUUUUCUUCCUGAGAAUCUCGGUGAUGUGGUAGAGAAACUUGAACAGCUCAUUUUAGAAGGAAAUAAAAUCUCAGGAAUAUGUUCCCCUUUGAACCUGAAGGAACUGAAGAUUUUAAACCUUAGUAAAAACCACAUUUCAUCUCUAUCAGAGGACUUUCUUGAGACUUGUCCUAAAGUGGAGAGUUUAAGUGCCAGAAUGAAUUUUCUUGCUGCUAUGCCUUUUUUGCCUUCUUCCAUGACAAGCCUAAAAUUAUCUCAAAACAGAUUUACAUGUGUUCCGGAAGCAAUUUUAAAUCUUCCACACCUGCGGUCCUUAGAUAUGAGCAACAAUGAUAUUCAAUAUCUACCAGGUCCUGUGCACUGGAGAUCUUUGAACUUAAGGGAACUCUUGUUUAGUCAUAAUCAGAUCAGUAUCUUGGACUUGAGUGAAAAAGCAUGUGCAUGGUCUAGAGUAGAGAAACUACAUCUUUCUCAUAAUAAACUGAAAGAGAUUCCUCCUGAGAUUGGCUGUCUUGAAAAUCUGACAUCUCUUGAUGUUAGUUACAACUUGGAACUGAGAUCCUUUCCCAAUGAAAUGGGGAAAUUAAGCAAAAUAUGGGAUCUUCCUUUGGAUGAACUGCAUCUUAAUUUUGAUUUUAAACACAUAGGAUGUAAAGCCAAAGACAUCAUAAGGUUUCUUCAACAGCGGUUAAAAAAGGCUGUGCCCUAUAACCGAAUGAAACUUAUGAUUGUGGGAAAUACCGGGAGUGGUAAAACCACCUUAUUGCAGCAAUUAAUGAAAAUCAAGAAAUCAGAUCUUGGGAUGCAAGGUGCCACAGUUGGCAUAGACGUGAAAGACUGGCCCAUCCAAAUAAGAGGCAAAGGGAAGAAAGACCUCGUUCUAAAUGUGUGGGAUUUUGCAGGUUGUGAGGAAUUCUACAGCACUCACCCCCACUUUAUGACCCAACGAGCCCUGUAUCUUGCUGUCUAUGACCUUAGCAAAGGGCAAGCUGAAGUUGAUGCCAUGAAACCUUGGCUCUUCAAUAUAAAGGCUCGUGCUUCUUCUUCCCCUGUGAUUCUUGUUGGCACACAUUUGGAUGUUUCUGAUGAGAAGCAGCGCAAAGCCUGUAUCAGUAAAAUCACCAAGGAACUCUUGAACAAACGAGGGUUUCCUGCAAUACGGGAUUACCACUUUGUAAAUGCCACUGAGGAAUCCGACGCUUUGGCAAAACUUCGGAAAACUAUCAUAAAUGAGAGCCUCAAUUUCAAGAUCCGAGAUCAGCCUGUUGUUGGGCAGCUGAUUCCAGACUGCUAUGUAGAACUUGAGAAAAUCAUUUUAUCAGAGCGUAAAAAUGUGCCAGUUGAAUUUCCUGUAAUUGACCAGAAACGAUUAUUACAACUUGUGAAAGAACAUCAGCUGCAGUUAGAUGAAAAUGAGCUUCCUCAUGCAGUUCACUUCCUAAAUGAAUCAGGGGUCCUCCUUCAUUUUCAAGACCCAGCCCUGCAGUUAAGUGACUUAUAUUUUGUGGAACCCAAGUGGCUUUGUAAAGUCAUGGCCCAGAUUUUGACAGUGAAAGUGGAGGGCUGUCCAAAACAUCCUAAGGGAAUUAUUUCACGUAGAGAUGUGGAAAAAUUUCUUUCAAAGAAAAAGAGAUUUCCAAAGAACUACAUGUCACAGUACUUUAAACUCUUAGAAAAAUUCCAGAUUGCCUUGCCAACAGGAGAAGAAUAUUUGCUGGUUCCAAGCAGUUUGUCGGACCACAGGCCAGUAAUAGAGCUUCCCCAUUGUGAGAACUCUGAAAUUAUCAUUCGACUGUAUGAAAUGCCUUAUUUUCCAAUGGGCUUUUGGUCAAGAUUAAUCAAUCGAUUACUUGAAAUUUCACCUUACAUGCUUUCAGGAAGAGAACGAGCACUUCGCCCAAACAGAAUGUAUUGGCGACAAGGCAUCUACUUGAAUUGGUCUCCUGAAGCUUAUUGCUUGGUAGGAUCUGAAGUCUUAGAUAAUCACCCAGAGAGUUUCCUAAAAAUUACAGUUCCUUCUUGUAGAAAAGGCUGUAUUCUUUUGGGCCAAGUUGUGGACCACAUUGACUCUCUCAUGGAAGAGUGGUUUCCAGGGUUACUGGAGAUUGAUAUUUGUGGUGAAGGAGAAACUCUGCUGAAGAAGUGGGCAUUAUAUAGUUUUAAUGAUGGUGAAGAACAUCAGAAAAUCUUACUUGACAACUUGAUGAAGAAAGCAGAAGAAGGAGACCUCCUAGUGAAUCCAGAUCAACCAAGGCUCACCAUUCCAAUAUCUCAGAUUGCUCCUGACUUGAUUUUGGCUGACCUGCCUAGAAAUAUUAUGUUGAAUAAUGAUGAAUUGGAAUUUGAACAAGCUCCAGAGUUUCUUUUAGGUGAUGGCAGUUUUGGAUCUGUUUAUCGAGCAGCUUAUGAAGGAGAAGAAGUGGCUGUGAAGAUUUUUAAUAAACAUACAUCACUUAGACUGUUAAGACAAGAGCUGGUGGUGCUUUGCCACCUCCACCAUCCCAGCUUAAUAUCUUUGCUGGCAGCUGGGGUUCGUCCUCGAAUGUUGGUGAUGGAGUUAGCCUCCAAGGGUUCCCUGGAUCGCCUGCUUCAACAAGACAAAGCCAGUCUCACCAGAACGCUGCAACACAGGAUCGCACUACAUGUGGCUGAUGGUCUGAGAUACCUCCACUCAGCCAUGAUUAUAUACCGUGACUUGAAGCCCCACAACGUGUUGCUUUUCACCCUGUAUCCCAAUGCCGCCAUCAUUGCCAAGAUUGCGGACUAUGGGAUUGCUCAGUACUGCUGUAGAAUGGGGAUAAAAACGUCAGAGGGCACACCAGGGUUUCGUGCACCUGAAGUUGCCAGAGGAAAUGUUAUUUAUAACCAACAGGCUGAUGUUUAUUCAUUCGGUUUGCUACUCUAUGAUAUUUUGACAACUGGAGGUAGAAUAGCAGAGGGUUUGAAGUUCCCAAAUGAGUUUGAUGAAUUGGCAAUACAAGGAAAAUUACCUGAUCCAGUUAAAGAAUAUGGUUGUGCCCCAUGGCCUAUGGUUGAGAAGUUAAUUAAAAAAUGUUUGAAAGAAAAUCCUCAAGAAAGACCUACUUCUGCCCAGGUCUUUGACAUUUUGAAUUCAGCUGAGUUAAUCUGUCUGAUGAGGCGUAUAUCAAUACCUAAAAACUUUACUGUUGAAUGCAUGGUUGCUAUGAAUCAUAACAGCAAGAAUGCAAGCAUUUGGCUGGGCUGUGGGCACACUGACAAAGGACAGCUCUCCUUUCUUGACUUAAAUACAGAAAGAUACACUUCUGAGGAAGUUACUGAUAGCAGAAUAUUGUGCCUAGCCUUGGUGCAUCUUCCUGUUGAAAAGGAAAGCUGGAUUGUAUCUGGAACACAGUCUGGCAUGCUCCUUGUCAUCAAUACUGAAGAUGAGAGAAAGAGGCAUACUCUUGAAAAGAUGACUGAUUCUGUUACUUGCUUGUAUUGCAAUUCCUUUUCCAAGCAAAGCGAGCAAAAAAAAUUCCUUUUAGUGGGAACUGCUGAUGGCAACUUAGCAAUUUUUGAAGAUAAAACUGUUAAGUGUAAAGGAGCUGCUCCUUUGAAGACACUCAAUAUAGGAAAUGUCAGCACUCCACUGAUGUGUUUGAGUGAAUCCAUGAAUUCAACUGAAAAAAACAUUACAUGGGGAGGAUGUGGUACAAAAGUUUUCUCAUUUUCUGAUGAUUUCACCAUUCAGAAACUGAUUGAGACCAGGACAAAUCAGCUGUUUUCUUAUGCAUCUUUCAGUGAUUCCAACGUCCUAGCAGUGGUGGUAGACACGGCUCUUUAUGUUGCUAAGAAAAAUAGCCCAUUUGUGGAAGUGUGGGACAAGAAGACUGAAAAACUCUGUGAACUGAUAGACUGUGUGCACUUUUUAAAGGAGGAGCUGGUCAAAGCAAACAAGGAAGCGAAACACCAAAUGUCUUAUUCUGGGAGAGUGAAAACUCUCUGCCUCCAGAAGAACACUGCCCUCUGGAUAGGGACUGGAGGGGGCCAUAUCUUACUCCUUGAUAUUUCAGCUCGUCGAAUCAUCCGUAUAAUUCACAGCUUUUGUGAUUCUGUUAGGGCCAUGAUGACUGCACAGUUAGGAAGCCUUAAAAGUGUCAUGCUGGUUUUGGGGUAUAACCGGAAGAGUACUGAAGGUAUGCAACAUCAAAAAGAGAUACAGUCCUGCUUGUCUGUUUGGGACAUCAAUCUUCCACAUGAAGUGCAAAAUUUAGAAAAACAUAUUGGAGUGAGAAAAGAAUUAGCUGAAAAAAUGAGAAGAAUAUCUGUUGAAUAAGAGGGAUCUUGGAAAUCUUUGUCUUUGGAUGGGAAAAUUAUUAUCUUGUAAAUAUUCUUUAAAAAAUGUUUACAUAUAAAAAGGGUAUUUCCACUACUUGCUGUUUGCUAAUGUGUAUAGGAAGGAAUGUUUAUAGGUUUUAUUUUGUAAAAAUGUAUAAAAUUGUUACCAAUGAAAAUACUUUUUAAAGAACUAUUUAAAAUAUAAUGUUUCUUAUAUAUCCUAAUUAAUCUUGUGGAUUAAGUAAUGAGAGGAAAUCGAAAAAGUACUUCAUUGCAGUACUCGUACUGAAAUUUACAAAGUGGAUAAUUUUUUGUUUUGUUACUCAUAAUGAAGAUAAACUUUAUUUUACAUUCUGUGAUUGACAGGUCUAUUGCUGGACUACUUUCCAGAUAGUCUAUAAAAUAGAAUAAAAAUGUUAGAACAGUGUUACAUGUAAUACAUUCCUUCUUAGAUUGCUUUUAAAUGGAGUUAUCAUAUAUGCUUGUAAAUAGUCAAUGAAUUUGCACUAAUAAAGCCCUUUGUUGGGACGUGAGUUCUUUUUGUUCCUGAUGCAAGCAGUGCAUUUCAUACAACUUCACUUUAUCUAAAAGAAAAUGCCGUGAAACAUGCUGAUAAGAAACCAACAUAUUGUCAAAAUCCUCCUAUCCAAGAAAGACAUAGCCACUCUCUUUUCCUAUAUUACAACUCUGCCUUUGAAUGUGGAACCCUGAAGUUUUAUAAUUGGUGUAAAUAAAAUGUUCAGUCCUUCAAGUGAUAUUUUUAUGUUUUAAUUUUGAUUCUAAGUUCUAAGCCAGACCCCUGGCUACUUGUUCCUAAUCUUCUUCACUCCAAAUGUUUCUAUUCUUCUUCCUAAAUUUGUGACCCUGCAAAUUCUACAUCAUUCAGGUAGAAACUCUAUUUUCAGAAUUAUAGAAUUCUGCAACUCCCACCAAGACCAUUGGGACAAGAAUGUAACAUACCAGUUUUCUGAAGAAGAAAGGAGCUUUAGCUAUAAUGGGUACCUGUUAACCUAGUCUUCUAAAUUAUACUUAAAUUGUUUAAAUAAAUUCCCAUGGUAGGAGUAUCAGGGCCGAGUACCUAGGUAACCAUUUAAGUGUCAUUUCUGCUUUAAGAAAAUACAUUUUUGGUAAAUCUAUUGGCCCUGGCCAAUAUUUAUAAUUCCAAACAAUUCCCUAUGAUAGGAUAACUAGCCCAUUUAAUAAUCUCAAAACUGAGAAUUUUAUUAUAUGAAGACUAAAUUUCUUUAUAUUAAGGGUAAUUAAUACAUUCUUAACCCUGAAAGAUUCUCCAUUUUUCAGAGGACCUAUAUUUUAAUUUGUUGUGUAGUUCAAAAAAAAGUCAGAAAUGAUGGAGCUAUUUGUUCCUGUGGUAUUUCUUAUUGUUACUUUGUAUUUAUAUGCCAAAGACAAUUAUGGAGAAAUAUGUAAAUAAACAUUGUAUUUAAAUGAA